AUGCCUUCUGUAGAGACAAAACCGAGGACCUUGUACGACAAGGUCUUCGCUGACCACAUCGUUAACGAGCAAGAAGAUGGCACUUGCCUCCUCUAUAUCGAUCGUCACCUUGUUCACGAAGUGACCUCCCCUCAGGCAUUCGAGGGUCUAAAGAAUGCCAGUCGCGGUGUCCGCCGGCCGGACUGCACCCUGGUGACUGUCGACCACAACAUCCCUACUUCAUCCCGAAAAGAAUUCAAGAAUGCCGAGACUUUCAUCCGAGAGAACGACUCGCGUUUGCAAUGUACUACUCUGGAGCAGAACGUCAAGGACUUCGGCCUCACCUACUUCGGCAUGAGCGACAAGCGUCAGGGUAUCGUUCACGUUAUCGGUCCUGAGCAGGGUUUCACUCUCCCUGGUACUACCGUCGUCUGCGGUGACAGUCACACCUCCACCCAUGGUGCUUUCGGUUCCCUCGCUUUCGGUAUCGGAACCAGUGAGGUCGAGCACGUCCUCGCAACUCAGACCCUCCUUACCCGCCGAAGCAAGAACAUGCGCGUCCAGGUUGACGGCGAGCUUCCCGCUGGUGUUACUAGCAAGGAUGUUGUUCUUCACAUCAUCGGUGUUAUUGGAACUGCUGGUGGUACUGGUGCUGUCAUUGAGUUCUGCGGUUCCGUCAUUCGUGGCCUCAGCAUGGAGGCUCGUAUGUCCGUUUGCAACAUGUCAAUUGAGGGUGGUGCUCGUGCUGGUAUGAUUGCGCCCGACGAGAUUACUUUCGAGUACCUCAAGGGUCGUCCUCUUGCUCCCAAGUACGGUAGUUCCGAGUGGAACCGCGCCACUAGCUAUUGGUCUACCUUGAAAUCCGACCCAGACGCCAAGUACGACAUCGACGUCUUCCUCGACGGCAAGGAUAUUAUCCCUACCAUCUCUUGGGGUACCUCUCCUCAGGACGUUGUUCCUAUCACAGGCGUCGUUCCUAGCCCCGAUGACUUCGAGGAUCCCGCCCGCAAGCUUGCUUGCGAGCGUGCCCUGGAGUACAUGGGUCUUACCAGCGGUGUCCCCCUGACUGAAAUUCCCGUGGACAAGGUCUUCAUUGGAUCUUGCACCAACUCUCGUAUUGAGGAUCUUCGCGCUGCUGCUAAGGUCGUUCGCGGCAAGCAGAUCGCCGCGAAUAUUAUGCGUGCUAUGAUCGUUCCUGGCUCUGGUCUAGUCAAGGAGCAGGCUGAGGCCGAGGGUCUGGACAAGAUCUUCACAGAUGCUGGUUUCGAGUGGCGUGAGGCCGGUUGCUCUAUGUGUCUCGGUAUGAACCCGGACAUUCUCUCCCCCAAGGAGCGCUGUGCUAGUACCUCAAACCGUAACUUCGAGGGUCGCCAGGGUGCCCAGGGACGUACCCACCUGAUGUCGCCUGCUAUGGCCGCUAUUGCUGCCAUCACCGGCAAGUUCACCGACAUUCGCGAGCAUGUCGUCUCUAGCCCUGUUUCCGCUAAGGUCCAGCCCGUUUUUGAGCAGGCCGAGACCGCUAUCGACUCCCCCGCCACUGAGGAUGAGCUCGACCGCGUCCUUGACCUACCAGCUGACAACGAGCCCCACACCAACACUUCUGCUGGUGGUGGCGGCAAGAGCACUGGUCUCCCUAAGUUCAACGUUCUCAAGGGUAUUGCGGCUCCUCUGGACCGCUCCAACGUCGACACAGACGCUAUUAUUCCCAAGCAGUUCCUCAAGACCAUCAAGCGAACUGGUCUUGGCACUGCUCUUUUCUACGAGCUGCGCUUCAACCCUGAUGGAACCGAAAAGCCCGAAUUCAUCCUGAACCAAGGAAUCUACCGUGACUCCAAGAUUCUUGUCGUGACUGGACCCAACUUCGGUUGCGGUAGCUCUCGUGAGCACGCCCCCUGGGCUCUCCUUGACUUCGGUAUCAAGUGUAUCAUUGCCCCAUCCUUCGCUGAUAUCUUCUUCAACAACACUUUCAAGAACGGCAUGUUGCCCGUUGUUGUCGAUGACGAAGUUGCUCUGGCCAAGAUCGCCGACGAGGCCAAGGCCGGUCGUGAGGUCGAGGUUGACCUUGAUAACCAGGAGAUCAAGGAUGCCCAGGGUAACAAGAUUGUCUCAUUCGAUGUCGAUGGUUUCCGCAGGCACUGCUUGAUCAACGGUCUUGAUGACAUUGGUCUCACCCUUCAGGUGGAGAGCAAGAUCCGCACAUUCGAGGCUCAGCGCAGCCUUGAGACUCCUUGGUUGGAUGGUACUGCCUACCUCAAGCGUGGUACCCGUGGCGGUGCUACUCGCAUCGACGCUGCUCCCGUCCCCAAGACAAACAAGGGUGAAGUGAAGGGCCCCUUGGAUUGGUAA